AUGGACAAUGCACGUGAUGCACUAAUUGAGUCGUGGCUGGCUGAAGUUGAUGUCGGAAUGUCUGAUGAAGAAGUUGACAACUUAGAAGAAGAAGUCCAUCAAUCGGAAUCCGAGCAAGAGCAAGUCAUACCGGGUGAGAGAUCUGACGAAAGCUCUGAAGAUGAUCUACCUCAGCAACGCCGCCGGCGCACUGACUUUUAUAAAGGAGUAGAUGAUACAUUGUGGGCAUAUAAAAGGACUAAGAAUGGAGUUGACCUGGUGGCUAAAAUGUGUUCCAUGUAUGAUGUAGCGAGAAACUCAAGAAGAUGGUCUCUUACAAUUUUUUUCCGCUUGCUGAAUUUGAGUGCAUUCAAUGCAUUGUGUAUUUACACAGCAAACAGGAAUUAUGAACCUGUGAGCCGACGUGAGUUCCUAAUUGACUUGUCUCUGGCAUUGAUGAAGCUACUAGCACAGAAGAGACUUGAAAAUAAAUCGUUACCAAGAACUCUAACAAUCAGAAUAAAAGAUUUUCUUGGAAUACCAAUUGGGUUAAGUUUCAGCAUACGUAAUAACGUAUGCUGA